UCCGCCGCCCCCUGCCUGCCCGUGCCAUGCGCACUGGCGGUUGUUGUUGUUGAGCUGGUUGUUAUGGCCGGACGAGGCCUCGGACUACACUGAGAGCUGGAACCCCCUCUUCCCCUCCCUCCCGGCGCCUGCCCGCACUGCCCCCCCCCCGCGUCUCCGCCACGGGACGCCCGCCACCCAUGGAGGGCACAGACAUGGACGUGGACGCGGAGCUCAUGCAGAAGUUCAGCUGCAUGGGCACCACGGACAAGGACGUCCUCAUCACGGAGUUCCAGAGGCUGUUGGGCUUCCAGCUCAACCCGGCCGGCUGCGCCUUCUUCCUGGACAUGACCAACUGGAACCUUCAGGCUGCUAUAGGUGCAUAUUAUGACUUUGAAAGUCCCAAUGUCAACACGCCAUCCAUGUCCUUCGUCGAAGAUGUGACAAUUGGGGAAGGAGAGUCUGUACCUCCAGAUACGCCGUUCACAAAGACCUGGAGGAUACAAAACACAGGGGCAGAGGCUUGGCCGCCCGGGGUCUGCCUCAAGUACAUAGGUGGGGAUCAGUUUGGACACGUAAACACGGUUAUGGUGAAGUCUCUAGACCCCCAGGAAAUAACAGACGUGAGUGUGCAGAUGCGAAGUCCCACAGCUCCUGGCAUGUACCAGGGUCAGUGGCGGAUGUGUACAGCCACCGGGUUAUUCUACGGAGAUGUAAUCUGGGUGAUCCUCAGCGUAGAAGUCGGUGGUCUCCUCGGUGUGACCCAGCAGCUGUCCUCCUUCGAGACGGAAUUCAACACCCAACCGCAGCGGAACGUGCAGGAAGACUUCAACCCCUUCGCCUCGCCGCAGAAGAACAAGCACGACGCCACCGACAACAGCUUCCGAGAUCCUGGCGGGGCCUGGGAACACACGCAGGAGCCAAUCCAGCAAGAUCAAAACGGACUGUCUCAUAAUGCUGUAAAUAGGGCCUCAAAUGGACUCCAAACCAAUCUUUCUGUUGUGACUUAUGGUCAGGGUAUUCACGGACCCUAUCCAUUUGGACAGAGCUAGAAGGACAGAAAUCCCCCCCCCCCCCUCCACGGUCGACGAUGAGCUGCACACCCUGGGAGUCAUUAAUGUAAAGGAGUUGGAGGAGGGGGUGGACAGUUGUUUUAUAUUGACUCAUGACAACCCUCUCCCCAGUCCGUGGCCCUUUCCACAGAAACACAAAGUACAGUGCGGUUCUGGAUUACACCUGCUACAGUGGAACAUCCCACCUGGAUUCGCAUGUGUGAAUGCUUCAUUUUAAGGCUAUAAACCCUUAAAAAAAUAGACACACACAACUUUCUUUUUUCCCCCCACUGUAAAACACAGCAAAUUAAAAGGGAAAAUCAGAAACAAACUAUCGGCGUACAAUUUGGUUUUCCCACGAGUCUCUUCAGGGUUCCUACACAGAUCUUAAAAUGUUUGGGGAAACAUUGAUGGGGAUCAUGGAUCAAUUUCGAGGCCUUUGUCUGACGUAGGUCUUUCAUGGAAAGUGUGAUGUUUUAUUUACCACACCAAGUGUUGGAUGAAUCAAUGCACUUUUGAUGAAUUCCUACUAAAAGUAUACACGUCUCUGUACCCUGAUAUGAUGAGCAUCAACCGGACUGUUGUGUUGUCGUGUCUCGAAGGAGUUGCUGCCUGAUCUUCUUUAUCCAGACUCACAAAAAAAUGUUCAAACAACUUGCGAUUUAGUCUAAAAAGAAAAAGACGAGAAAAUUACUUUCCAGAGAGAGAAAAGAAAACUGAGCUCAAUGUCAAACACUCUUUGCGGUCGUAUGCUCUCCCGUCACGUUUCAAGUAUUUUUGUAGUUGUUGUUAAUGGAAUUUAUGGCUGAGAGAACUAGAAGUUGCCACCAAUAUCCGACUUAGUAUUAUAUUCAGGACUUGAAAUCCUUUCUGACUAAACCUUGAAGUUUUGGACUCACUGACCCAUGUAAGAUAACACACAUGCACCGUUGGCUUCAGCCUGAAAGAAGUAUUUUUGUCUUUACAUGACAUUAAGCGUCUGUCACCCGGACGUUUCUCCAUUUGCCAUUUUUGAGGAGAACUUGCUAUCGAACCCCCCAAAAACAUCACACCAGUCCCAGCGUUUCCUGUGAUGCUUCCACAACAUGGGAAAUGUCGUCACAAAACAACUUUACACUAAAGGAGCACGUGUCAGUGUGGUGGUUAAAAGUAAAAUAGAAAUAUUCAUGCCGAUCGUAUCUGAGAGAAGCCACCGAUCACAUACAUGACACUGAAGACAUUUAAGAGAAACAGAAGAAAGGAAAGUAUGGACAGAUCCCUGUGUAGGAACCCCAUCUCCUCCAAAGACAAAAAGUCCAGAGACACUAAUCCGUGCUGUCGUCAGACGACACAGUCUGCUGCUCGGUUCAGACUGUAUGGGACAAUGUGUGUGUGGGUUGUUUUUUUGUGAUUUCUUUUUUUGUGAAGGGUGGGUUUUUCGCUUUAAAUAGAUGCUGAAGCGCAAAAAGGAUGCAAGUGAGUUUGAGCCUGUGAGUUGUGAGGAAGAGUUGAAAAAGCCAUCUAAAUCCAAUUUUGCCUGGUGAGUGACUGUGGUUCUGAAUCCACGUCUACAGUGUGUGUGCGGGAGUGUGCGUGCGUGCGAAUGGUUUCUCCUUGGAUUUAACUGACAAAAGAAAUGGUGUAUACUACUUGGGCAAAGGAUGACGUGUCUGUUCAAACACACACACACACACACAUGAAUAAUGAGAGAGCGCUUCGCUCGGCUGUGUACCUCCAUGAAAUGUUGUCGAGUGAUACUGCGUCGUUUGGAUAAACUGACUCACUAAUUGCCCCGAUGUUAUUUAUUUGCUUUCAUCAUUGUAGAUGCAAAAAAAAAAAAGAAGAAAAAAAAGUCCCAUUUACAACCAGCAGGUGGUGCUAAAAAAAGCAACUCAAAAGACCAACUUGUCUGUGAAAAUUCCUAUUCAUCCAGACCGUGGUUAUUCAAGACACGUUGAAUCAAAGGUCAAAUUUGACUUGGUUUUAGUUACGAGAUACAAGAAGUCCAAAGAGGUUGUUUUUUUUCUUUUCUGGCUGACUGGUGGGUGUUCAACCUCUUGUGGGGUCCUUGUCAAGGCCGUUGAUGUCACUUGGUCCGUUAGUGCUCGUGGCGGUUGUGACGACAGUCAUGAGAGUCACCUUAGAGAAGGGAUGAGGGGAGACCGCUGUAGGUGCGGGAUCAAGUGGUGGUGCGGACGUCCUCCUCCGUUGAGGGAUAGUUUUUUUUCCGCGACGACGCAGACGGCCUCCUUCACGUUCAACGCUCAAAAUACAUUCAAAGUGAGAGUCACUUUGCACUCGGCGAGUCUUAACAACCGCCACGAUAGACACAAACCCAGUGUAUCAGUGGCCUUGAUAAGGACUCCGGUCCGAGUCAGUCGGAACUGAAGAAAACCCGAAAAGGUGAAUCGUCUUUAAGCAUCUUACAGUACAACCAGGUCCAGUUCUCCCUUUGAUUUGACUCUUCUUGGACGGAUGACCAGCUUGACAUGCAGAGUACAUUGUGAAGAAAAAAAGGGGAUGAGCUGUACUUUUGUCGCAAGACAAUUUGAAUCUGAAAAUGAAAAGUUUUGCAUCAGCAUUAUUAGCACUGAUGUCCUGUUACUGCUAUUUGCACAGCGCUGUCCACCACUGCUAAUGAGGGUAAAAAUCAUUUGUUUCUUUUAUUAUUAUAUAUUUUUUUCUUAUUGUGUGGAUUCCUUUUCCAGAAAUGUUCAUUGGUUUGUUUGGUAAUCUUCUCGACCCAUAAUGCCUAUGCUCUUCACAGCUUUAAGUUUUGUUUUCAGAGUAUUAAACAUCAAGUUUUUCAUUAUUUAACAUCACUUUCAUCGCUGCACAAAUGUCUGAUCUUAUGAACUUAAGAUUGAUUGGCUUGUGUUUAUUUAGGUUUCGCACAUCUGAUGGUCACACCAGAAACUUUUACGUCAGCUUUGCUAUGUUCAUCAUGUCCUGAACAAUGGAUUUCAUCAUGCAUUUUGGCUUAAAAAAUAAAAUGGGAAAAGUUGUUGAUAGAA